UUUACAAUCUAUACUAUUAAAGUUCAUUUAAAUCUCAAUUAAUAUUACAACCUAUACAUAUACAAGAGGUUUUAAUAACUACCACCAUCUUAUAGAAAAUAAAUUUAAAAAAAUCAUGCCACAAGAUCCACUUCAAGCUGUUGAACAAGUUAAAGUUGCCAUUGAUGAUUCCGAAGAUAGAGUUUCAGAUGAAGGUUCUUUAAGAUAUGCUGCCUAUGCAAACCGUUUCAGAACUAUUUUACUUGCCUCCCAUCGUUAUGUUGCCUAUACUUCAGAUAUUGGUGAAUCUUUCCGUCCAGUUGCUCAUCCAAACUUGGUUAAACUAGGAUAUGGUAUCUCAUGGUUAUAUAUCUUGGGAGAUGUACUGAAUGCCGCUUGGAAUGCCAAGAUGAAGGCAGAGGGACGUUACACUCCUGGUUUAAAACCAUGGAAUUACCCAUACCCAGAUGCUAACCCCGUUGCUGGUAAAAUCUACACUGAAAUUCAUGGUGAUAAAUUAGUUGAUUCUGAUUGGAGAUUGGUUGGUUUAAAGAGAGGUAUUUUCCAAAGUAUUGCAUCCAUGGGUUUGCCUGCAUUCACCAUCCACAGUGCCGUUAGAUAUUCUUCACUUUUAUUCAAAAACUCAAAUGUUAAGGCACUUAAGACUUAUGGUCCAGUUGCAAUUGGUUUGGGUAUCGUUCCAUUGUUACCUUAUGUGUUUGAUGAACCAUGUGAGGCUGCUGUUGAUUAUUUGUUUGAUAAAGGUGAGGAAAUCUACAAAAAGAAGCUUGCCUGAGACGAUCGAUUUGUAAGUUGUUAGAUCCUUUGUAGAAAAUUAGAGAUAAAUGAACGUGAAUGUUUUUAUUAAAAAAGAAAAUGAAAGUCUCUUCCUUUGAAAUUGUCCUAAAAUUCUCAU